AUGGUGACCGGUGCCAUCAGCUACUCGUCGUCCUACGACCUGACCGUCUACACGGGCUCCAGCGUCAUGCCGUUUGACGCCAGCGUCCCCGGUGUGGUCAGCAGAAACGUCGUCACCAUAGCAACACACGAAAACUUCGACCCAAUGACCUUAACAAACGACAUCGCCCUCCUAGACUUGACCACACCCAUCACCUUCGACACGUGCCACAAGCCCAUCUGUCUGGUCGACGGUUCCAAAACUCCACAAAUGGCAUCUGGCUGUAGAGCUAUGGGCUGGGGACUUAACGCCAGUACUGUCGUGGCCAGAGACACUGAUGAGAGGUUAGCACGGGCACUGGCCAGCUCGAGUGGUACCUAUGAGAGCACCAUAAAGUGGGCGGAUGUACCUGUCGUGUCUGACGCCACUUGCCAGUCAACGUACGGUACCUACUACACCGGAAGUAACCUCUGCGCUGGAUCUUCUGUGAACAAUUCCUGUCGGGGCGACUCUGGCGGUCCACUGGCCUGUAAAGAAGCAGACGGCCGCUAUUACCAGUACGGCAUCGUGGUAGCCGGGGACUGUGGCUAUCCUGGCCUCUACACCAAGGUCUCCAGUUUUCUCCCCUGGAUAGAACAGAUGAAAAUAUUAAUGACGAUGGUCGCUUAGGCGAAGUCAAAGUUUCGAAUGGUCUCAUGUGAACUGUUCGAUAUCAUGAAGAAAUAAAGGCAUCAAAAUCACC